AUGACCUUACUCAGCGAUGAUCUAAAAUUUGAAUCUGUGGUCAAUUAUCUCACUUUUAACCAAUUAUUCUUCAUCUGUCCGACGAAUCCCGAAGAUAUGAACGCAAAGCUAUUGCUGUUUACAAGGGAUUCAAACAAUGGACACAUAAGUGAAAUACUCGUCUAUAACACGACUGUCGAAGACAUUGCGAAAACCAAUUUUUCAAUUAAUCGCAAAACUGUUGUCAUAACACACGGAUGGACCGACUAUUAUGGCAAAGACUUAUGGAUGCCUAAUAUGAAAGAUUAUUUCCUGGAUUACGACUACAAUGUUGUGGUACUAGACUGGGAGACUCCGGCAUCGGAUUCAAACUAUUUUAACGCCGCCUUUAAUUGUCAAAUAGUGGGCGCAAUGCUGUCAUACUUUGUGCGGACAUUGGUCUCAAUGGGCGUCAAUGUGGCGGACAUUCAUUUGGUGGGUCACAGUCUGGGCGCACAUAUCGUUGGCUUUUGCGGCAAAAACUUUACAAACCCUAAAAUCGGUCGCAUCUCUGGCUUAGAUCCCGCCGGUCCUGGCUUUUGGCGCAACGACUCCCGCACACGACUCGCCCCCACAGACGCCUCACUAGUGGUCGUCACUCACACCAGCGGUGGACUCAUUAAAUGGGAUGGGUCCCUCGCAGAUGUGUUGCAAAUGAGCGGUUAUGUGGGAAAUGUUGAGCCACUCGGACACUACGAUUUCCGGCCCAAUGGAGGAACAGGACAACCCGGAUGCAAUCGCUCAGUCACUACGUUUAUCACCAAUCGAUUUAAAGCAAAGGCUAAUGAAUCGAGGAAUUGCAACCAUAAUAGGGCCACAGUAUUACCAAUUGCUGAUCGAGAGCUAAAAGAAGCUGAAAGUUGUCAACUGAUUGCUUACGAAUGCGAUUCUUAUGACAAUUUCUAUUCGGGUAAAUGCGGUGAUUGCGGAACCGAUGGUCAACGGUGUCGACCGCUUGAGUUCAAUCUGGAGUAUUGGCUCAACGAUGACAAUGUAAAUCCAGUGAACGCUUUGAAAACAUUUCCUAAUAAUUACUAUCUGUUGACUGCAAACAAACAACCCUUCUGUCUCUUCCACUAUCAGAUUGUGAUAUACGUAAAGGAAAACUCAAUUCUUGGUAAAGUAGCCGUAAAGUUAGGCCAUAACAAAACG